AUGGUAGGGAUCAUUACAAAUACCAACUUGAAGCCACAGGGGAGUGGACAAUACUCGUGGCCUUCUGAUGCUACGACCAUUGCAAGUGUCAACAUUCGAGGUCUUCUCACUACGACUGCUGACACUGGAUUCACUAUUGUGAAGGCUCAUGACACUGAGAAUUUAUUGCAUUAUGUUCAAUCAAAGGUUUAUAUAUUGCCUCCGGACAACUUAAAGUUUGUCCCCUCAAGAGUUGAAGUUGAAAUUGGUACAAAGUUAAAGAUUCCUGUGUCUGCUGCUGCAUUUUCUUUACCAGAAAACGACGAUUUAUUGUUUUUUGAUGAUUGUCGCAAAAUGAAGCUUACGAUAUCUGUUAAUGAUCCUUCAAUAUUUCAAGUACUUGGAACAUCAGGCUCUCGAUCCUGUUGACGUUGCUGUUGUCACCCUUGGUUCAGCAAAGAACUUUAUCAUACAAGGUGGACCUCAACCAUGGGUUCAUGGUAGAUCAACACAUUAUGAGAAAGUUCCACGUACGAAGUCGUCAAGAUUUGAAACUUCGUAUUUCAUUGAGAGACAAUAAAAAUCGUUUGUUUGAUAAAUUUACGUCACUUGAAAUUAUUUGGACAAGCAGCAACUAUGAUAUGGCUUCAUUUGAUCGCAGUAAUGAAACUGACACUGAAAUGACCUAUGAAGAAGAUAUGUUUGGGCCGUACAUGAAAAUGAUUUGUAAGUGAUAAACAUUCGUGUGAUGUUUAAAUUAUGCGAAUAUUAAAGUGCAAGUAGAUAUGUCAUAGCAAGGCAAUAAAACCAAAUGAAUUACAUA